AUGCCUUCGCCAACUACUGAAGAUUGGUUAAAGAUUGCAAAUGGAUUUGAAAAAUGUUGGGAUUUUCCAAAUUGUGUCGGCGCCAUCGAUGGUAAGCAUAUAGCCAUACAAUGUCCACCCAAUUCAGGAUCCGGAUUUUUUAACUACAAAGGACACCAUUCUAUAGUUUUACAAGCAGUAGUUGAUGCUAAUACUAAAUUUAUAUUUAUUGAUGUUGGGGAUUUUGGUCGUAAUAGUGAUGGAGGUGUUCUUAAGGAAUCAAAUUUUGGAAAAUUACUAGAAGCUAAUAAAUUGCUUUUACCUCAGCCAAGAAAAAUAAAUAAAGAUUUAGAGUAUGAAUUUCCAUUUGUUUUUGUCGCGGACGAAGCGUAUCCUUUAAAAACCAAUUUAAUGAAACCAUUUGCACGUAGACAACUUACAAAUUUAAAGCGAAUUUAUAACGGCCGGCAAUCACGAGCGAGGAGAAUUGUGGAGUGUGCUUUCGGCAUAUUAACAAAACGGUUUAAUGUAUUUGAGAAUAAAAUGUUGGUGCAGCCUGAUAGAGCUACAAUUAUUACACAGGCUGCAUGUGUACUUCAUAAUUUAAUUAUUGACAAAGAAAGUGAUAUUCAAAUCGAUAUUCAAAAUGAAAUAGAAACAACAUGUUCACUACCAUAUCAAGAAGUCAAUAGACCUACAAACCACAGACCAACAAGAGAAGCAAUUAAUAUACGUGAACAAUUUAUGCAAUAUUUUAAUUCAGAAAUUGGAUCAGUUUCUUGGCAAAAUGUAUAUAUUGUAUAA